CCGCCGCGAUGCUGCAGCUGCGGGACGCGGACGAGCCCGGCCCGGGCGGCGGCUCCGGCAGCCCCGGCAGCCCCGGGGCCGCCACGCUGGUGCCGGGGGGGGCCGGGCCGCCCUUCGAGCCGCCCGCGCCGCGGGCCCGGCAGACGCUGCGGCCGCUCAGUGUCCGCACCGCGGGCCGCGCCGGCCGCCUGCGACAGUACUUCGUGUUCCGGCCCGGCACCAUCGAGCAGGCGGUGAGCGAGAUCCGGGUGGUCGUGCUGCCCGCCGAGGACGGGGAGGUGCAGAGCGUGUGGCUGCUCACAGAAAUCGAUCACUGGAACAAUGAGAAGGAGCGUCUUGUCCUCAUCACGGACUGGUCCCUCCUGGUGUGUAAGUACAACUUCAUCAGCCUGCAGUGCCAGCAGGUGACGAGGAUCGCCCUCAGCGCUGUGGACACCAUCUCCGUGGGGGAGUUCGAGUUCCCACCGAAAUCUCUGAACAAGCGGGAAGGUGUCGGUAUCCGCAUUCAGUGGGACAAGCAAAGCCGGGCCUCCUUCAUCAACAGGUGGAACCCCUGGUCCACCAACAUCCCCUACAUCACCUUCACCGAGCACCCCAUGGCAGACGCUGACGAGAAGGUCGCAUCCCUGUGCCGGCUGGAAAACUUCCAAACGCAGCUGAUCCAGGCUGUGAAGAAAGCCCACAAGGAGGGCCCUGUGCCAGGGAGUGCUUCUGGUGUCCUGGUGCUGGAGCGGCCCAUCCUCAUCGAGACCUACCUGGGACUGAUGUCCUUCAUCAACAACGAGGCCAAGCUGGGCUACUCCAUGACAAGAGGAAAAAUUGGAUUUUAAGCCCCCUUGCUGUCCCCCGUUGAAGGGCAGGUGACUUGCUGUUGGUCCCCGGGGAGAGCGCGCUGAGGGCAGAGCACACGACGGGCAGAGGGGAGUGCGGGGAAGGAAAGGGGGUGGUUGUAGGACAGUUCCAGGUCGCUUGGGGAAUGCACAGAUUGGAUUUGAGGCAGACACAGGGUGGUGUCAGUCUGGUAUUUUGUACCUGAUGUACAGCCCACAUGGUCCCUGUGGGGUGAGCAGCGGCGUGUUCCGUGUCCUUCCAGGCCUGUUCUUCCUGUUCAUGAAGUGCCCUUGGAACCUGCUGAAACCCCGCCCAAGUACCUGCUGUACAACAGAACCUUUGUGCCACGUUACUGCUGUAUCCCUGUGUAUGGUGUCAGAUCCUACCCUGUGCUCGGGACUGAUUAGUGUUGUCUAAAGAGGAAUUACUGUUCCAAUCUCCAUAAUCUCAGCGCUCUCAUUAAUGCCUGUUAGGAGUUUUGAAAGCUGUCAGUCAGUCUUUAACAAUAUUUGCUGGCUUUUGCUAAAGCUGCACUGUUCCACCUGCUCAGCAGCAGUUGGUGAACUCUGAAUAUGCUUUUUGUAAAAAUCCCUCUAAGAACCCACUGGAACUUCCUCUGUUUCCUUGCUGCAGCCACAGAAUAAAGACUGUUGUGAGAGAACAUUGCCAAAAGCCUCACCAACA